AUGGGUGGUUCAGAAGUCCGAGCGUCCGAAAAGCGCAGCAAGCGCAAUCGCAAUGGCGGCCAGAGCCACCUCAAUGGCUCCUCCAACAUUUCCAGUGACGCCGACAGCGUGAGUACGGCGAGUCAAUCGAGCAAGAAGGGUUCCAGGAAGAGGAAGCACCGCGAGGAGUCCAGUCGCAGUCGCACCACCGUCAACGGAACCAAAGUGAACGUAUCGGCCGCACUCUCAACCAGGCGCCCGAGCUUGACCCAGCCGGCUCGGGACCCGCGUGAUUUCACCACCAAGCCUACCAAACGACCGCGCGUCGAUGCUGAUGCCGGUGCUGAUGCUCAUGGCCAUGCCGAUGCCGAUGCCGAUGCCGAUACCGACGCCAACAAUGGCAAGCUGACACGGUCCCUCAGUCCCUACAUUGACUUUGACGGUCUUAGUCGCCCAAGCCGCGGAACUCGCGAGCGCCUAGAGGAGACGGACGAACAAAAGGCAGAGCGCCAGAAAAAGAUCGAAGGUGCCGUACGCACCAUCCUCGAAUGCGUGGGCGAAGACGUCGAGCGCCCGGGCAUCCUAGACACCCCCCGACGCUACGCGGAAGCCAUGCUCUUCUUCACCGAGGGAUACCAGCAGAACGUCCGCGACGUCGUCAACGGCGCCAUUUUCGAGGAAGGCCACUCGGAGAUGGUCAUUGUCAAAGGCAUCGACAUCUUUUCACUAUGCGAGCAUCAUCUCGUGCCGUUCACGGGCAAGAUGCACAUCGCCUACAUCCCCAAAAACCAAGUCAUCGGCAUCUCCAAACUCCCCCGGAUAGCCGAAAUGUUCAGCCGCCGCUUCCAAAUCCAGGAACGCCUCACCAAAGAGGUCGCCAACGCCAUCAUGGAGAUCCUCAAGCCCCAGGGCGUCGCCGUCGUCAUGGAGUCGAGCCACCUCUGCAUGGUCAUGCGCGGCGUCCAGAAAACCACCGCCACCACCAUCACCAGCUGCGUCCUCGGCUGUUUCGAGCGCAAGUCCAAGACCCGGAACGAGUUUCUCAGUCUUGUCGGGCUCAAGAAUUGA